AAGUGACGUCAGCAUGUCCCCAACGCAGAGGCGGUGACACUGACAGCGGAUGUAAAACAUUCACCUGUUCAUCGGAUACAUGAUUUUCAGCGAAUCUAUUAUAGUUAUUUACGAAUAGGAAACGUACCGUUGUUGAACUACUGCAAGCAAACAUGUGGCUGCAUGUUAGGCUAUCAGAAAUAUGCCUUUUUGUACAGGCUAUGUUUAUUUUAGCGUGCUGUUUCAGUGAUAUGGAAUCGGGGCCUAUCGCGACGAGUGGCUCUGUUCAACCAAACGGAGAUCGUUUCAAAAUCGAGGGUCGGGCAAUCGUUCCAGGGGUGAAAACUCAAGACUGGAUUUCGUCAGCCCGAGUCACGGUAGAGGGAGAGGAGUAUAUAGGUUUCUUGAGAACUGAUGGAAGUUUUGUCGUUAAUGAUGUUCCUUCGGGAUCCUACGUUGUGGAAGUGAUCUCACCUGGAUACAAAUUUGAAGCAGUCCGUGUGGACAUCACGUCUAAGGGGAAAAUGAGGGCCCGCCUGGUGAACUUCAUCAAGACGUCUGAGGUGAUCCGUCAGCCGUACCCGCUCCAGCUGAGGUCUUCUGGGCCACACACCUACUUCAUGAAGAGAGAGACCUGGGGGUGGACUGACUUCCUCAUGAAUCCCAUGGUCAUGAUGAUGGUCCUUCCUCUGCUGAUUAUCGUCUUGCUACCUAAGGUUGUCAAUACCAACGACCCUGAGAUGAGGAAGGAAAUGGAGCAGUCAAUGAACAUGCUGAACCCCAACCCUGAGCUACCUGACGUGUCUGAGUUCAUGACCAAGCUGUUCUCCGGGUCCAAGAGCUCCAGCAGCAAGGCUGUAGGUGGCAGCAAGGCUAGUGGCCGCCCAGCAGUCAAGAGGAGGUAGUACCAGAACAUUACAUGUACCCCGGGCCCACCAGGCCUGAGGAACCACUGUAACUGGUCAUGCCAUGGAAAUUAUAAUACGAUUUUUAAAAAGAGCUUUUUCAUUCGUCUGUACAAUUGUUUUUUGAGCAGGGGUUUUCCCUCGUCUGAAAUACAAGUCUGUAAGUGAAAUGACUGAGGAUAUCACAAGGCUUGAGAGAUGGAUGUUUAUAUAUUUUUUUUGCACUGGUAACUUCAACUCGAUAUAAAAGAAAGAUUUUACUCUUCAUUUGAUGUUUUGCGUUGUACCUGUGAGUGACGUUAUGCCUGCUUCUUGGUCCCUUCAUUAUACUCCUUAUGGUUUAACCCUGGUCUCCUUGGGUAAAUGGGAUAAUAAGUCUCUAACAAGCCUCGUGUGUAUGUGUACUACUUUACUGCAACAUCAGUCCUAUGUCAAUUCUAAUUCUUCCACUACUUGAAUGAGAGCUUAUAUCACAUUUUCUGAGAUGUUCUUCUUUUUUUCUGAGUUAGGGCCGAGGUAAUAUGACUGUGAAUGGACUGUACAAUGGAUUGCAUUUUAAUUAUUAAACAGACUUAUUUAAAUACCAACGUAAAAUAAAAUGUAGCUGGUGAAACUGUC